AUGCUCAGCCCGGUGGCUCGCACUUCACCUUCUGCCCCUCCUCGACCCUUCCCCAUUCCGGAGCGAUGCUGCCUUGCCACAUCAGAACUGCUCUAUCGCAAUGCCCUGCGUCCCGCGUUUCGACAUCGGCCAGCAGUAGCGUGUCCCUCGGCUUCGUUCCGGACCUCCUCGCGGCGCCAGGACGAGCUACCAAAAUCGCCAUUCCAAACGUUCGUCGAGGUCUUGAGAGAAGAGCUGCGCAAGAAUCGGGAGCUGCAGGACAAUGUGAAGCAGCUGCAGGGCGACGUGGACAAGCUCCAGGACUCGGAGGCGAUGAAGAAGGCGCGAGCCGCGUAUGAGCGGGCGAGGCUCACGUCCAGCAUCAAAGAAAAUCCGCGGCUGCGAGCAGCGGCAGAAGAACUUCGCAGGACCGGCGUGAAGGUUGGCGAUGCCGUCUCAGAGGCACUCCGAACCAUGGAGGAGAGUGAGCUCAUGCGCGCAAUAUCCCGUGCGUCGAACGCCGUCUCCUCGACCAUCGCAUCGACAACAGAGCCAAUACGCAAUACGGCCGCGUACAAGGCACUGUCUGACACUCUGGUCGAUGCGCUCGACGACAGCGGCAGCGCUAAGCACGCCGGGUUUGAGGAGAAGGAGGCGCGCCGGAAACGGCGACAGAUGCGACUGGCCAAGGCAGGGAAGAACAGUAUCACAGGUUCCUCUCGCAUCGUCAAGGCCGACCCUGACGCCGGCGCCGCCAUGGUGCUGCACAAGGACUCGCCGAGGCGGGAAAAGUGGGAAAAGCUGAAAGAGACGAAUCCCCUCCUGCGCUCGUUCGUGUCGCUUCGCCAAGCAUUCGACGAGUCCGAGCAUCCAGUCGUGUCGUCCGUGCGCUCAGUGACACAGACCGUCGGCGGCUGGUUCGACGAAACGGAACACGCGCAGGUGCAGCGGACCAUGAAGCUUAUGGACCCUACAUUUUCCAUGGAGUCAUUUGAGCGCGAACUGAGAGAAUACAUCGUCCCCGAGGUCGUCGAUGCGUAUUUAAGUGCAGACCAGGAAGCGCUAAAAGCAUGGUGCGGCGAAGCGACUUACAACGUUCUCUGGGCCACUAUGGAGCAAUAUCUGCGUCAAGGGCUUGUCAGUGAUAGCAAGAUUCUGGAUAUACGACAAGUUGACGUUUCUGCGGGCAAAAUUCUAGAAAACAAUGUCCCCGUCUUUGUGAUCACUUUUGCGACGCAGGAGAUGCUAUUGUUCCGAAACGCAAAGACGAGCGAGAUUGUGGUCGGCGCAGAGGACAAAGUCGAGCAAUGCCAUUAUGCGGCUGUCGUUACUCGAGUUGAGGAAGAGUUGGACAAUGAACUCACGGGCGGCUGGAAGAUCGUCGAGGUGCGUGACAUCACCUUGGCACUAGGAUCUAGUUAUUCACGGCUUGUUCCACAUUCAGAUGGCACGACGAUCCGCACGAGCGUAUUUGUAGUCGGUUGGAGCGACGGAGCCUCACCAUCAUUGUUGGACUCUAGGAGGUUGGUCCCGCGUCUUGCUUGCGGCAUACUGGCUACUUCGAUCGGGGGCAAGCCUAUCCCACAGAUUCUACUAGAUUGCCCUGGCAUCGACACACCCCACUCACCCAAAAUUAGGGACUAUCAUAUGUUUCCUGUCAUGGAUUAUUCUGUGAAUCAGGCAUAA